CGUAACAGUUAUGCCGAUUAUGGCGAUUUGGUUAAAGGAACAAGCAUAUGGGGAAAUAAAAAAACACAAGCAGCCGAAAAUAAUAUAGGUGAAAUAUUACAAGAUAUUUUUAAAGAGAAAUUGAAAUCUGAAUAUAAUGGAGAUAUAAAUAAAUUAAGAGAAGCUUGGUGGGAAGAAAAUAAAAAAGAUGUAUGGGAUGCAAUCACGUGCGGAAUACCACAAAAUGAAAUGUUUGUCAUUAGAAAAAAACCACCAGAUGGUCGAGGAAUAGAAUAUAGAGUCACUGGGAAAUGCGGAUAUUCUCAGGAACUUCCCGACGAUGACGAUAUACCUCAAUUUUUACGUUGGUUCAAGGAAUGGUCCAACUAUUUCUGUAGAACAAAUAUUGAAAAAAAAACUAAUUUGGAAACUAACUGUCAAGGAUGUGACGGAACCAAAGAAAUGGAAUGUCCAAAUAAUAAAAAUGCAGGUGGAUCUAAAUGUAAAGAAUGUGUAUCCACAUGUAGAGAUUACAAAACUUGGAUAACUAAUCAAAAGGAAGUAUAUAAUGAACAACAAAAGAAAUAUACUGAAAAAAUAAACGAAACACAAAAUAAUUCACAGAGUACUAGUUCAGGAAAUACUGAUAAUACAUAUUUUAAAAACUUAAUUGAUGAAAAUAUAAAUUCGGCUGAAAAAUAUUUAGAGUCAAGUAAUUACGAAACCCAUUGUGGCAAAAAUAAUGAUAUUAAUUUUGAUAAUGUAGACACUACAUUUAACCAUACUCCAUUAAUAUGUCAAUCGUGUGAAGAAAA